UGACACGCAGUUGACUCUUUGGUAGUAUUUCCAUCCUAUCCACAGUUUCUUCUUCUUUUUAGUUUUUUCUUCUCUGACUCGCCCUCCAGAUUGUCCGCAAGACAGACAAAGUUUAUAGAUAGAGAUUUUGAUGGCGGGAAAAACCUAAUCAGAUCUCGAGAAAUCUCUGACUGUAAAUUUAAAAAAAGGGAAAAAAAAAAGAAAAAAAAAAGUCUUCUCUCUGUUUAUGGCUUCAUCAUCAUCUUCAAUUUUAAUUUCCCCUUGUAUUUCUUAAAAUUCAGUUCGGCUUUAAUGAAUGAAUUAUUCUGUUGAUAGUAAAUGCAUCUACUUCUUGACACGCCUUACAAAAAAAGCAGAUUCAUUCAUUCACUCAAAAACUUUAUCUUCUUUAAAGUUUAAUCUCUCUCUAUUUCUAUCGAAAUUGGUUCUGGUUGGUUUCAUUCAUUGUUUUGAUACGCGUGUCGUGUCGUGUCGUGUCGGUCUCUGACGUUCUUGGAUCACGUCCAUUGACGUGUCUCUUUGGAACUCUCUCCAUUAACAAACUCUUGGUGUAAGCUCUUUGUUAUGAAGCUCAUUGGUGGUGAUUGUUUCUUUUACUUCUAUUCACUUCUGUGUUCUUCUUCAUCUUUGUAUUUGCUUUCAGAGAAUUUAGGUUAUUUUAGAGUUAAUUUCAGUUCAGAGCUUAGUUGCAAUGGGUACAGGAGGAAACGGCCAACAUUUUUUUCCCUUGACAAGUCUGCAAAUUGGGGAUUUGCAGUCAUAUCUUUCGCGCCUCUGCCUUUUUCUGGCAACAGAAAGUAACAGACUUUAUAUUUUAGUUGACAAUAGACCAUGGUUGAAUCACCUGGAUUCACGGCCAGCACACCUUUGGCAGUUGAUGGUUACCAAGUCCAGGUUGUCUCCGUUUGCAAACACUAGAGGCCAGAAGGAGCGGAAGGGAUUCAAAUUCAAAAAGAAUAUCAAUUUUAAGGGUAUUUCAAGAUCCAACAUCAGUGACAUUAGAAAAUUUGAAAAAUGGUUCGCUUUGAUUAGUGCUGCAGCUUUGUCUCAAAAGGAAUCCUUGCUACCGGUAAAAAACUUGAGAAAUGCUAAGUUGUUGAAUAAUGAACUGCACCGAACCUUAUAUGGUUUCAUUGUAUUUGAAGUCGACUGGAAUGAUGUUCGUGGUAUGAACUAUUUAAACGAGCUUCAGACAGAUACAUCACUUGCAUUAGAGGCUAAGCUCAUGAAGAGAUGGGAAUUUGACAGCAUUGAGCAGGCCUCAAAUUGCAUCCGUUCAUGGUUCUCGGGAACACACUUUGAAUUGGUAUGGUUGCAGGCCUACCUGGACUCACCUCUAGGGGAGGUGUUCCAUGACGCUCAAGAAAAUUUCUCAACUCCUGACUGUAAUGGUGAUUUUGCAAUAAAUUGUACAAAGAAUGGAUCUGUCGAAGAUUCAUCAUCUCCUGGUGGCUUGAGAAGUGAGUUUGGUGUGUACCCUGCACGCGUAGAAUGCAGAGAAUCGACACUACAAACACCACCUCCCCCCACUGGACCUUACAAGAGAAGAAAAAUAAUGAAACCCAUACCUUAUGAAGAUGGAGUCGAUAAGUUUCCUCUUGGGGUCCAGAAUGAAAGUAUAGACUUACCAAAAAUUUCAGUGGCUUCAUCUUCUUCUAGUAGCCGCGCAGAAACCACAGUUGAAGCUACCCAACACAGAGAUGUUUUGAUAUUGUUCAGGUUUAAUGACCAUGACCUCCCAUUUAAACUAAGGCAGAUAAUCAUGAGCGAUGUACGGUUACUUACACUGCUUGAAUCAGGGCUUCCAUCUUGGGUUAUCUUUUUGCAAUCAUAUCCUCUAUUUUGCCACCUUUAUCGUCCAUGGAUGUGCCUCGUGGCAAGAGCAUUAUAUGUGUUGAUCUCAGUUGUCACGGUCGUAAUUGGGUUUUAUGAUUUGUACAAAAAUGUCCCAGUCCUUAAGGCGACUGUGUCCAGUGUUUUCGGGCCACUUUUUGACUGGAUUGAAACUUGGGAAAUGCUAUCAAGAAUCAAGUAUUUGGGGACCAUGCUAUUUCUGCAUAAUUUUGAGAAAGCCGUCAAGUGGUUUCUAAUGGCGACACGUUCCUUCAAGUCAUUCUUUUCAGUUCUCACCCAGCCGUUUGCUGGCCCAGUUAUGGAGCUUGUGGAGAUCUUUCUUCCCUUUUGGAAUGGAUGCUUUCAAGCAGUUGAGAGCUUUCUUACAGUUAUUUGGGUUUUGAUUGAUUCCACAUGUGGCCUAGUAAUGAAGAUAAUACAGUUGUUGCUCUCGCCAGUGUGGUUCAUCCUUGGUGUUAUUGGAAGCAUUGUGUCCGCCAUUGUUUAUCCAAUCAUUUGGGCCAUCCAGGAAAUACUUUACACUCCUAUACGUCUGCUUCUAGUACUGGCAAGUUUUGUAGCUUAUAUUUUCUCUUGCAUGAUUGAGUUUGUGAGAGAGAUUUGGUUGUUUGCAAGUAGCAUUUUCCAGCUAAAGUCAGCUGCCGAGGCAGGUACAUAUGAAAUUUCUUUAUGGCGUUCACUUUGGAAUGACCUUUUCUCACAGGUCUUCCGUGCUAUCCGAAGCAUUAUAAAUGGUUUUGUUGCCUUCUUCGUCGCGUGCAAUAGGCAUCGUCUAAGCAUCUACAAUCAUAUGCAGGAGUUCUUCUUUCGGCUAUCUUGCUUAGCUGGCAGAAAUCAGACUAGGAAUUUUAAUUAUAGACGAAGAUAUGGUGCUCAGGAUCAGAUGCAAUCAAGAAGAAAGACCCAAGGCAGGCACCCUGAGCAAACACCAGAGAAGCCAGACUUAAAAAGAUGUGCUAGUAGCCAUAUGCAGCAUUCAUUGGAUUACAGAACUCCCUCUAGGACGCUAACACUAUGAAAAUUUGAAAUUCUUCCGCCUGUAAAUAUGAGCUCCAUUUUUUUUUGUAAAUUUGACAUUAGAUUAUAAGAGCAGUUCCAGCUGGAUGGGCGGAUGCGCCCAUUUUCACCCCACAGUGGGACUGUCAAACCAAGGAAAUGGAUGGGCAAAUGCUCAAAUAUAAAAGUUUUCCCAUCUCAUAUAAUAUUUAAUAAAACGGGCCUGUUUAAUUAUUAAAAAAAAAGAAAUAGUUUAUACAA